UUUACUCACUUUUCCCCUCUCAUGGGGUGCAACCAACGAGGUUCUUCCAUAUCUUCACUGUUUUUUCUUUCAUCGGGAAGGAAACUCGCAGUCUCAGUCUCAGUCCCAGUCCCAGUCCCAUAAAGAAAAAGAUUUUAGGGUUCUUGUCCUCGUCGUCGUCGUUGUUAUAUAUUGUUUGUAAAAGAAAAAGAAAAAAGACAAGUACGAAAAAGGACUGUUUGAGUUAGCUUAAAUAGCGGGAGAAAAGGGCGCAGUAGUAGCAGGUUUUAUGGAGCGUGGAGGAUCCAGUGGAAGCAGUGGUGGCAGUUCUUUCAUGGCGGGAUUUGGGGAAAACAACAACAACAGCAGCAGCAGUGGGAUUUCUUCUAUGGUGAUGAUGAGUAGUAGUAGUAAUAAUAAUUCCCAAAUAUUGGACAACAACAACAACAACGUUAAUAAUAAGCUGUUUGUGCCUUUAUCUUGGUCUGCUACUUCCACUGCACAAAGGGUUUCUGCCUUUGUCCCUCAGCCUCCUCAUAAUAAUUCAAAUCAUAAUCUUCAAAACAGCUGCAGAGCUAAGAUCAUGGCUCAUCCUCUCUUCCCCCGCCUCUUGGCUGCCUAUGUCAACUGUCAAAAGGUGGGUGCGCCGCCGGAAGUGGUGGCAAGGCUGGAGCAGGCGUGCGCGGUGGCCGGAGGGAGCUGCAGGGCGACGGCGCGUGGGGAUGAUCCAGCACUGGAUCAGUUCAUGGAGGCGUACUGUGAGAUGUUGAGCAAGUACGAGCAAGAGUUGAGCAAGCCCUUCAAAGAAGCCAUGCUUUUCUUCUCAAGAAUCGAGUCUCAGCUCAAAGCCUUGGCAGUUUCUUCUUCUACUUCUGAUGGUUGCGAGCUGGUCGGGCAAAGCGAGUGUUCGAAGGAGGUCGAGGUCGAUAUGAAUGAGAACUACAUUGACCCGCAGGCUGAAGAGAAGGAAUUGAAGGGCCAGCUUCUACGCAAAUACAGCGGAUACCUCGGCAGCCUGAAGCAGGAGUUUCUGAAGAAGAAGAAGAACGGAAAGUUGCCGAAAGAAGCCCGGCAGGAGCUGCUCGACUGGUGGAGCAGGCACUACAAGUGGCCAUACCCCUCGGAGGCACAAAAGGUGGCGUUGGCGGAGUCCACGGGGCUGGACCUGAAGCAGAUCAACAACUGGUUCAUAAACCAGAGGAAGAGGCAUUGGAAGCCAUCAGAGGAUAUGCAGUUUGUGGUGAUGGAUGCAGCUCAUCCACACUACUAUUUGGACAAUGUCAUCUGCAAUAAUCCCUUCUCUAUGGACUGCUCCUCUACUCUCUUCUGAUCAUCAUAUAAUGCCAUUAAUUUUCUAAGUAAUGCAAGCUUUAAUGUGUUUAUGUUCAAGUAAUUUCCAUUUUGUUUAAGUUUAGGCUAUUUGUAUUGGAUUUUAUGGUCUUUUUUUACCACUAAUCUAGCAAUGCCUCAUAGCUACCCCUUUCUCCAUUCCCUUUGUUUCCAUAGCUUGGUUUUCUGCUUUCCUUUUUAACAAAUAGAAUAGAAUGAUCUCACUUGUAUGCUCAAACAUGAUUUUGCCCAAUUUGGA